AUGGCCUCACUGCCCAAGGCGCAAGAGGAGGCGAAGAGGAUCAUCCGCGAGAGCCAGGCGGCCACUAGGAAGCCCUGCCGCGGUGCCGCCACCUUCCGCCGCCCCAAGCCCAACGAUGAUGACUCUGACGUCGGAUCGGGCAACGAUGACGGGGGAAGAGCCGCCGGCCAGCCUGACAUGCCAUACGAGAGAGGAAGGGCGUCGCCAGGUGUGCAUGUGCCUCCGCGGAUUCGUGCCACGAUUGCCGGAGGCGUGGGCGCCACGGGUCACCUCUCCAGAUCGGUGGAGGCCAAGGGCAAGGGCAAGGAGGAGGGGAGAAGAAGACCUUCGGCCAGCUGCGGGAAGCCGCCGCUGGCGUCCUCCGCGGCAUCCACCGGCGCCGGUGGCGGGCAGAAGCGCAAGUGCCACGACCACACGCACUCCGAGAACGUCGCCGGUGGAAAGUACGGCGCCUCCGGUGGCCGCUGCCACUGCUCCAAGCGCAGGAAGUCCCGGGUUCGGCGGAUGACUCGCGUGCCGGCAAUCAGCUCGAAGGCGGCGAAGAUCCCCGCGGACGACUUCUCGUGGCGCAAGUACGGGCAGAAGCUGCCUGUGGAGAAUGCCCUGGACUCAGCAGUUGACGUAACUCGGUUGAGCUGCGGUGCGCUAUAUUUAGCUGAUUUUAUUGGGAAGGGAAGAGGUAUGAAAUUCUCAACUUAGAGGGAGCAUACACAAGUGUAAGCAGACCCUUGAGCAAGAGAGCAACAUGACUGCUAGCUUCCCUGCUGCAUUACAGGAGAUGGAUACGAAGUCCUCGGAGGAGGAAUACAAAGCUCUACAAGGUGAUGGAGCUGGAGAUGUGUAUUUCCAGUCUCUU